GCCCGCCGGGGCGGGUGCGCACGCAGCUCUGCGCCCGCCCCUCUGCCCCCGAGCGGCCCUGCCUGCUCGGACGGGGGUCGCAUAUACCCCCUGGCGGCGGGGGGCGCUGUGCUCGUCAGGCCGGGGAACGGCGGCGGUGCCCGACGAGUCGCUGCUCGUCCCGUAGGCAGGACAGUCCUCUGGCCAGAGCGGUGUCAGUGCCCUCCUCCCGAGUGUCUACAUCGGAGUGCGAUGCUGGAGUGACUGUGCACGUGCAGACCUGGUGAUGCAGGCAUCCUUCUUUCUUUGCUAGGCUGAAAACACUGUUGAGAAAACGACAAAAUGAGUGGUCGUCGAAAACGUGCACCUCCAUCAAAAAUAGAUGAGGAGAAGAAGAAGCAGCUCUGUUGGAAUAUGCACGAAGACCGGAGAAAUGAGAUGAUAACAUUGGAUGAUGAUAUGACCAGUGAGGACCUUGUUCCAGGUCCAAGCACUUCUUCUGCGUCCUUCAUUGUUAUAAAUGAAGAUAGCACUGAUGAAGAUCUCGUUCAAAAAGAAGGCAAUAGAUCAAAAUCUGUUAAGUUUUUGACAGUUAACAAUGAAGAAGACUCUUACUCCAUCUUGCCUUCUGUUUCAGUACCGCUAAAUAUUAUAGUCUUGCCAUACCGUGCGGAUGGGUCCUGGAAAGCUUUGUUGGGAGAAUUUGUUCUUCAUCUUCCUUCUGAGCAAAUUCCAACUGACAACUUCCAUGAAAGGAGCUUUAGUUUGAUGAGAGGAGACUCUGAAGAUCAGUUGCAGAUUUGUGUUCAUGAAAGAAGUGAAGAGGAGUACAGUAACGAAACAAAAGAAUACCUGGGUGCUUAUGAACAACGUAUUUUGGUGGAAACAAAUUUAGGUGGUGAGCUAUUGGAAGGCUUGAGAUGGUUGCAAAAGAAAAGGAUAAUUGGACUUUAUCAAAGACCUGGAGAGUCUCAAGCCUUAAAGGUUGGAAUUUAUCUGCUGGAAGCUGGGCUAAGUAAACCAGAGUUUCUCAGUGAUGGAGGUGGAAGACCCAAAAAAGCUAAUCAGCUGAUUCAGAAACUCAUGGAAAAGUUUUAUAGUUUUUUAAUUCCAGAUGAGCUGGAGGAAGAUGAGGAAGAAUCUGACAUGGAACUAGAGCGUCAAAAUAUUGAAGAGCUUUAUGACUUUGUAAGGCACACCCACCAGCAGGAUAUCCAGUUACUGAGAGAGGAUGUGCAGCAUCCUGCAUUAAUUCCUAUUCUGAGGCCAUACCAAAGUGAGGCUGUGAACUGGAUGCUUCAUCGAGAGAAACUCGCGAGCGCUCCAAGCAGUGAAAAUGCACUGCACUUCUUAUGGCGGGAGGUGAUCACUCUAGAUGGAGUAAAAAUCUACUAUAAUCCAUUUACUGGCUGUAUUAUCCGUGAAUAUCCGAUUGCUGGACCCCAGUGGCCUGGAGGUAUUUUGGCAGAUGAGAUGGGUCUGGGAAAAACAGUAGAAGUGUUGGCUCUUAUUCUGACCCAUACCCGCCCAGACAUUAAACAAGAUGAUUUGACAUUACCUGAGGGUAAACUCGUGAACUUCUUUGUUCCACCACAACCUUUAGAAGGAAAUACAAAGAAAAACACAAAGGAAAUGGAGUUUAAAUUAAAGGAAAAAAUACAAUACCCCAGCUUACGAGUGAUGAUAUUAGCAGCUGUAAAGGAAAUGAAUGUGAAGAAAGGAGCAUCUAUUAUUGCAAUAUUUAAGUAUAUCAGUGCCAUAUAUAGGUAUGAUGUACAGAGAAACAGACGGCUUCUCAAAAGAACUCUAGAAAAACUAAUCACAGAACAAGUAGUAGAGCAAGUCAAAGGACAUGGUCUGGCUGGGUCUUUCAAGCUGGGGAAGAAUUACAAAGAACAGAAGAGGCGAGAGAGAACCAAAGAGCAGGUAGCAAGGACUUCAGAAAACAUUCAGAAGAAGCCACUGAUUGAUGCUAAAACUCAAACGAAAGGAGCAGGAAAUAAUGAUAUCACUUCUGAAAAUGUCCUUAAAGUUCCUUUACAGUCGAAUGUUGCCAUGGAAGAACAUGAUUACUGUACAGCUAGCAAAAAUAACAGGAAACCUGAAGCAGAUCAUGAGAACUCUUUUAAAGAGAAUAAAGUUCAGCAGGAAGCUGUGGUCCCAAAGUCUCCAGAUUUACAUGGCAGCCUCCUUGUCUGCAGUGAUGUGAGCAGUCAUCCCAAUUCUGAUGUUUCUAAAACUACAGCUGAUGUCCAGCAGGAAAUACCAAAGGACCAGUCCUCUCAUUCACAAGAGCAUGCUGGCGCUACCACACAACACACUGGUUCUGUAUUUCCAUUUAAUACCUCUGAAUAUCGUUUUGAGUGCAUCUGUGGUGAGCUUGGAUUGGCUGACUAUAAAGCUCGAGUGCAGUGCCUGAAAUGUUGCUUAUGGCAGCAUGCAGAAUGUGUAAACUACAAAGAGGAAAACCUGAAGAUCAAGCCCUUCUACUGUCCCCAUUGCCUCGUGGCAAUGAAACCAGUUUCCACAGGAGCAACUCUGAUAAUUUCUCCAAGUUCUAUUUGCCAUCAGUGGGUAGAUGAGAUCAAUAGGCAUGUAAGAUCAUCUUCUCUUGGAGUUCUGGUGUACCAAGGUGUGAAGAAGCAUGGCUUUCUACAGCCACACAUGUUGGCAGAGCAGGAGGUGGUUAUCACCACAUACGAUGUCCUCCGCACUGAACUAAACUACGUAGAUAUACCCCACAGUAACAGCGAAGAUGGGCGCCGUUUCAGGAACCAGAAGCGGUAUAUGGCCAUCCCAAGCCCGUUAGUAGCCGUGGAGUGGUGGAGGAUUUGCCUUGAUGAAGCACAAAUGGUUGAAUGCACCACCGCAAAGGCUGCUGAAAUGGCACUCCGUUUAAGUGGAAUCAAUCGCUGGUGUGUCAGUGGCACUCCUGUGCAGCGAGGAUUAGAAGAUCUAUAUGGAUUAGUCCUUUUUCUUGGAAUUGAUCCUUACUGGGUCAAACAUUGGUGGGACCAGCUUUUGUAUCGACCUUAUUGUAGGAAAAAUCCUCGGCCGCUCUACAGUCUAAUUGCCCAGAUAAUGUGGAGAUCAGCAAAAAAGGAUGUGAUUGACCAAAUUCAAAUCCCCCCUCAGACAGAAAAUGUACACUGGCUUCACUUCUCUCCUGUGGAGAGACACUUCUAUCAUCGCCAGCACGAGGUGUGCUGCCAGGAUGCCUUGGCAAAACUCAGGAAGAUUUCGGACUGGAGUCUUAAGCUUAGUAGCCUAGAUAGAAGGACUGUGACCUCUAUUCUGUACCCUUUGCUGCGUCUGAGGCAAGCCUGCUGUCAUCCACAAGCUGUUCGGGGAGAGUUCUUGCCAUUGCAGAAAAGCACUAUGACCAUGGAGGAACUGCUAACGUCUCUGCAGAAGAAAUGUCGAACAGAGUGUGAGGAAGCUCACCGACAGCUAGUGUGUGCUCUUAAUGGCUUAGCUGGUAUCCAUAUCAUUAAAGGAGAAUAUGCAUUGGCUGCAGAGCUGUACAGAGAAGUGUUAAGAUCAUCUGAAGAGCACAAAGAAAAGCUCAAAACAGAUUCCUUGCAAAGACUUCAUUCUACACACAAUUUGAUGGAAUUGUUGUUGGCAAAGCACCCAGGAAUUCCCCCGACAUUGCGUGAUAGCCGACUUGCAGAAGAGGCAGAACAACUUCGACGGCAUUAUAUGAGCAAAUCCAAUGCAGAAGUUGCAGAAGCCCAUCAGGCCUUACAGCCAGUUGUUCAGACCAUUCGGGAGCUCCAGAGAAAGAUACAUUCAGGUUCUCCGUGGUGGUUGGAUGUCAUCCAGACGGCAAUACAGUAUGCCAUCGAUGAGGAGCUUGUUCAACGUGUGCAAAAUGAAAUAACCUGCAAUUACAAACAGCAGACGAAUAAACUCUCCAUGGCAGAGAAAUUCCGUGACUGCAGAGGCCUUCAAUACCUGCUUACAACCCAGCUGGAGGAAGUAAAGAAGUUCCAGAAGAUUGUGAGAGAAGCAGUGAAAAACUUAGAAGGCCCUCCCUCUAAGCAGGUUAUUGAGGCUGCCACUAUCUGCCAUUUGCGACCUGUUAGGCUUCCACUUAACAACUGUGUCUUUUGUAAGGCUGAUGAAUUGUUCACAGAAUAUGAGUCAAAGCUGUUUUCUCAUACUGUUAAAGGCCAAAUGGCAAUAUUUGAGGAGAUGAUAGAAGAUGAAGAGGGGCUUGUUGAUGACCGUUUACCCACCACAAGUAGAGGACUGUGGGCAACCAGUGAAACUGAACGUGCCUUGAAGGCUGUUCUCUCCUUUGCGAAAGCUCACCGAAUGGAUGCUAAGGUUACUGAAGAAGGCAGCAUAUUUCUGGAACUCUUUGAAGCGUGGAAAAAGGAAUAUAAGUUACUUCAUGAAUAUUGGAUGGUGCUAAGGGAUCAUGUGUCUGCUAUUGAUGAACUGGCAAUGGCAACGGAACGGCUGAGAGUACGUCAUCCUGAUGAGCCAAAACCAAAUCCACCAGUUCUCUACAUCAUAGAACCACAUGAGGUAGAACAAAACAGAGUGAAACUUUUGAAUGAUAAGGCAGUUGCCAAAUCACAGCUUCAAAAGAAAUUAGGACAACUUUUGUAUCUCACUAAUCUGGAGAAAUCUCAGGAUAAAACUACUGGGGGUAUUAACCCAGAACCAUGUCCAAUCUGCGCACGUCAACUGGGAAAACAGUGGGCAGUGCUGACGUGUGGACAUUGUUUUUGUAAUGAGUGUAUAGCUAUCAUCAUAGAACAGUACAGCGUUGGCACCCGUCGGAGCUCAAUUAAAUGUGCCAUUUGCAGGCAGACAACAUCUCAUAAAGAAAUAUCAUAUGUCUUCACUGCCGAAACUGCAAAUCAGGAGGAUGAUAUUCCUGUAAAGGGAAGUCACUCCACCAAAGUGGAAGCUGUGGUCCGAACACUGAAGAGAAUUCAAUUUAAAGAUCCAGGGGCUAAAUCCUUAGUUUUCUCAACGUGGCAAGAUGUGUUGGACAUAAUUUCAAAAGCUUUGUAUGACAACAACAUGAUUUUUUCUCAGAUCAAUGGAAUUAGUAAAUUUCAGGAAAAUCUCUCUGCAUUUAAAUAUGAUCCCAACAUCAAUAUUUUGCUGCUGCCUCUUCACACUGGUUCCAACGGACUAAACAUCAUCGAAGCAACUCAUGUUCUGCUUGUAGAACCCAUUCUGAAUCCUGCACAUGAGCUACAGGCUAUUGGCAGAGUACAUCGUAUUGGCCAGACAAAAUCUACCAUCGUUCAUAGGUUUCUUAUAAAAGCAACAAUAGAAGAGAGAAUGCAGACUAUGCUGAAAACUGUAGACAGAAGCCACACAAGCUCUUCCAUGAAACAGUCAGAAGCCUCAGUUCUGACAGUGGCAGAUUUGGCUGACCUUUUUACAGAGGAAACUGAAGAACUUGAGUAAGAAACAUUGGUUUGGCCUACUGAAAUCAGAAAGUACCUGAGCUAUUAAGCACCAGUAUAUUAUCCACUUCAUUUGUCAUUCCUGUAAACAUCGUUUAACGUUUGUCUGUAACAGAGCUAUUGGAAUAGAAAAGUCUUAAUUGUUACUGUUUUAUUCUGUGGUGAGGUUCUUGGCAGCACACGCUUCUGAUAGCACUGGAGAAAACUUGCACUUUGCACAUUAUACAAAACCAUGGAUUUUAUUCCCAAAGAGCAUUUAAGUUGGAUACUAAAACUUGAGAUCUUGGACUUUGGUUGAGAUGAUUUUUUACCAUCAGGUUUGAUUGGAUAGUAGCUCAGUCUGAGAGCAAAACUCUGUGGGUGGUUGGGUGGGAAAGGGAAGCAGAAAAACACAAAUCUGAUUUUUUUUUAUUUUUUUUUUACUCUACAAAGAACUGUUAGAAAAAAUGAUUGUAAAUAUUCUUCUAGAAAGGGCUUGUUAGUAUUUAAUGCAGAGUUAUUGAGUGUAUUAUUGGUAACACUUUAAAUGACUAAUCUUUGUUAAUAAUUUGGAUAUUUGUAUUAGGCUUUUAGAUAAUCAUAAAGCCUUUUGACAGUUAAAAAUUUCAUUGUUAGUGCUUACUGACUGCAAAAUGAUGAUAAUUAAAUUAUGCUUUUUGUAUGUGUGUUGGUCUGGUAAUCAGUUAAAUACUAGAACUUACUGUACAUGUUUUCACUUACUCUUGAAGCCAUGACUAAUGUAGUGCUUUGUUUAAAAAAAAAAAGUAAUGCAUUUGUUACAGAACUUUAAAAAAAACUAAUUGGUUAAGUUGCUGAUCACUUUUUAUAAUGUUUUAGUGCUUCUGCAUAUUUUCUUACCCUGAUUUUUGUCUAGUUCUCCCCCUUAAAGAUGCAGCAACCUAAAUAUUAAAAAUAAAUGUCAUUUAUAAGGUAGGCAAUCUAAUUAUUAGGUACCUAGUCUAAGUUAGCUAAUCAGUGGAGAGAGACGAAACUUUGGUGAAGCUUCUUCCUCAAAUAUGUGAGAUCGUUCUACCCUAUCUCUAUUGACAGAGAGUUUAGAAAACAAACCUAGGCUAACUUUUAGACUACUGAAAGUAGGACAGAUAAAAUCUAAGCUUUUUAGCAUAGAUUAUGGGUACACAUUUGCUUAACACCAUUUUGAAAGUCUUACAGAAGCAAGCUCAGUUACGCAGUUAGUGUUGGACAGAAUUUUGUGUUUAGAGACUGGGGAAAUGUAUAUGCGUAGGUGACAAGCUACUGCCCUCCAAUUACAAUAUUGUUUCAGUACUACUAUUUCAGUAGAAAAUGUUUUUUUACAUUUUGGAAAUCUUACUUGAGGUUGAAACUAAAAUGAGUCCUUGAAGAAUUCCAUUUCAGAGUUUAUACUUUAAUCAUAUCCACUAAAUACAUUUGCAUUACAGUUAUUGAACUUCUUGAGUUCUGUUUUCAAUCACACUACAUUUGAGUUGCACCGUUUGGGUAUUAAGUUUGUCUGCAUGGCAAACAACUUUUCUGCUGCUGACCACAUAUGCGAAUAGAAUUUACAUGAAUAAUAUUGUAUCAAGAAAUGUUUUUUUUGACAGUUAUAGUCAUUUGUCCUUCUGGGCAGGUUAGAUACUUUGUUCUAAAGACUAUUCGAGUAAAUUUACAUACAAUGUAUUUUUAUUUCCCGUAUUUGUAAUAUGUACUAGUCUUAUUUAUACAGUUUGUUUUGGAGAUGACUGAUCUUUUGCAGUUUUCAGUUUGCAGCAAGGGUAAUAGAAUAGGUAGUAGGCGUUUUUAAAAUGAGAUUGAUCCAACAGUUUGCACAGAGACUGACAUCUCCAUCUCUGAACAUGUUAAGAACUCAAAUGAACCCGAGCAACCUGAUCCAGCUUUGAAGUUGGCCCAACUGAGUGGUGUGUUGGACUAGAUGACCUCCAUGGAUCACUUCCAACCUAAAUUAUUGUACAGUGUACUGGAGAUCAUGCUGUACAGACACUCCAGGAACUCUGAAGGCUGUAGUUCCAGUUACCUUAUCAUCCUCAGAAUUUUAAUAUUGUACGACGUAAUGUGACUGAACAAGGAGCUGCUAUUCACUCUGAAAAAUUGUAUGUUAAACAGCAUGGAAGCACAGAGUUUAACAUUCAUAGCCCCCAUUUUAAAUAACUAGAUGUGGGAAUAAUAGUUGUCAAUGAAUGUGAAGACAAAAGCAAACUGAAAAAUAUCUGCUAUGAGAAGUUUCCCCAGCUCUGCAAGUUUUUGGCCUAUUUAUAUGAAGAUGGUAUUUUCAUUGUUUAUUUACAAAAAUAUGGCUUUUGGAUUCCUAACUAAAAGCAUAGCUUCUCGUCAAGCAGUGCAUGAGUCUUUAGUCCUGACUUAUUUUUUUUAUGCUUCCUUAGCAGCGUGGAAUGCCAGAGAUCUGGUUCUAGGCGCUCUCCCAACCUUCCUGGAACACCAGGACCUAGAACUUCAGAGGUAUAACAGAAAAAUGUGUCAACUACUUAAAGCACUUCUUGGAAAUUGGAAACUUGAGCCGUUGAAGUAUAUAGCCUGUGUCAGCAGUAAAAUGGAUUGCUCAAGUUUCAUGUAAUUUAAAGUACAGAGACUAAAUUUAAAAAAAUAUUUUGAGAAAUCAUCCAAACUAUUGAUUUACUGCUUUGUGCCAUUCUUUGCUUCAUUUAGUUUCUCUGACAAAGGUUUUCUUUCAGACUUCUUAUGACACCUCAUAAGGUGAAUUUUUUCUCUUUUUUUUUUUGUCUGCUAAGGGUGCAGCUUGUACAUCUGCAGUGCUUUUCUUUUGUCAAUGCACAGUAAGCUUAUUUUCAGUCUCCUAUGAUUUUGCCCUCUAUCAAGAGAAGACUUUUUUGUAGACGUCUUAGCUGAGAAUAAAUUUUGCCCUGUUGUAAUAGUUCCAAUAUACUCCUAGAAAUGGCAUUUUCCAGAGAAGACAGAAAUCUAUGUAUACUAACUGCAGUGUUUAUAUGAUAUACAUGUAGACAUAUGCACAGUCAUGUACUGGAUUCUCGUGUUCUGCUAAAACAUGUAAAAAUGAUCAGAGUUGACAAUUUUAUUUUUCCAGUGAAGUCAGUCCCUUUAAAAAUGAGGCUCCAACUGAAUGGGUAACUAUUGUAUUGUAAAUAUUGUAGUAUUGAACUCAAGUCCCUAGUAUUCAUUCUACAUAUUGUACAGUUAUAUACAGUAUAAAGAGGACACUAAGCUGAACUCAGCUAUCAAAUGUAGUUAAGGAAUUAAGUCACCUGUUAGAGGGGGAAGUAAAUAACUUAGGGUUCCUAAACACUAAAAUAAGUCGACUUAAAAAAUUGGGAUGCAAGAUAAUCUGUGAGAUGCCUGCUCUCUACAGCUUCCUGAGGAGGUGAAAUGAAGAAGGGCUGAGCUCUUCUCCCUGGUAUCCAGAGAUAGGACACUGGAACAGGCUUCCUCGAGAGGUAGUCUAUGCCUAAAGCCUGUUGAUCUUUAAGAGGCAUUUGAACAAUGCCCUUAAUGUGCUUUAACUUCUGGUCAGCCCUGGAUUCAUUAGGCAGUUGGGACUGGGUCGUUGUUGUAGGUCUCUUCCAACUGAAAUAUUCUGUUCUACUUUGUAAGAGAAUGGCACUUGAAAGGUGCCUUCAACCAUUUUAAUGGCUCAUUCUGCAGUAAUAGAGCAUAUGCAUAUAUUCAUGUAUAUUCAGUACAUUGUCUCAGACAAAUAAUUACUAUUAAAGUUAUAUAUUGAUAUGGGCCACUGCUCCACUACGCGCUUCAUAUUCAUUUAUAAAACAUCAGCUUUGGGGUACAUUGAUGCAAUAGGGCAUACAUUUUAUAGAGAACAGACAAAGCCAUUAUAUCCAGCUGUGACUUUUUUUUUAUUCUCCUUUUUCCAUCACAUGCAGUCGCCUUGGUUGGUAUUCUGCAGUGUAGGCUUUGAAACAACACUAGAAUAAAUGAUGAAGGAACAGAGGCCACACUUGACUGAAGUGAUGAGCACCUGCUUUUACAUCGCCAAGCUUGGUUUGCUUAAGCAAUGUGAAAAUCAACCUGAGAGUUUCUGUGGGGAUCAUUUUUAUGUAACUGCCACACAUUACUAUACUAGGCUUUAAUACAGUAAUUCCUGGAAAUGCCUCUUCUGUUGCCCUGUUGGCAACCCAAGCCCUGCAAACAGGAAAUCUUGCUUGCAAAAAGUUUCUGACCUCUUCUUUGUUAACAUUAGGGCCAUUUCCUGCUCACAAAAAGGCAUUUGCUCACAAAAUGGCAAAUAAUGAUACUAAUUCUUCCUUCUCCCAUUUAAAUUAGUGCACAUUUAUCUUGUAAGAAUGUUUUCAGCAGCUGCAAACAGUAGAUUUGGUUUCUAUUCCAGCUUCUCCUGACAUACUGGAAAGUAAACCAAAGUAGUGUAGGUGUAAAGCUAACAGCUCCUCCCUGCAAUGUUUUCUUUGAUGUGCAGCACUUUAAAAAUACGUACACUACCUAUUCUGCAGCAAAUAUGCCUAAUUAUGACAUAAGAUCUUUCAUUGUGUACUAGCGUUCUCUUAAAUGCAUUCCAUCUUCAUAGCGCUUCCCUUUAAAUACCACAAAGAGCAUGCUAUGUGUCUGGUCCAUGCAGCAAGGAAGGGACGUAGAUACAGGUGUUUUUCUCUUCUAGUUCUCUACAGAGUCUUAGUAAAGCAAUGUAGGACUUUGUGCAAAUGAUUGUACUGUGCUAACUGCUGCUGCCACUGUUAGCUUUUCACAACAGGUCUGAUGGAAAGACAUUCCAUCAUACAGCUCCUCUUUUAGAAGUAGAAAGCCCAGGGCACUUCACUACCAGCCAGAAAAGAGAUGGAUGGAAUAUCAGUGAGUCCUGGUGAUCCAUUCAUACCUGUUACUGCUGUUGCAUUUGCUGUAGUGGAGCUGGAACCUACACUAGAUAGAGUUGGAGAGGAAGAGGAGGAGGUUGGAGGGAAAAUUUGAGGACUAGUUGUAAAACCUUCCUCUGAAUGCAAUUCUGCUAAUUUUCCUGUGGGAUGAAUGAGUCACUGAUAUGAGCAAUGAACAAACAAAGAGUGAAAGGUCACAAGUGUAACCUAUUCAUUGGAGUUUAAAUACAGAGGCACAUUUUUGUGUGUUCAUGAUUUGAGAUUAUAAUUAUUUUCUUACCAAAAUCUUGGGAUAUGAGUAUACAAUGCUUUGCAGUGGUUGAGCAAAUGGGAAUAUUGAUAAGUGUUACUCCUGUAGUACAUGUUUUGAUGUGCACCUAAGAAAAGUCAUAGGACGAAGCCAAAUUUAUGCUGCGGAUUUGUGAAGGGUAACAGUUCAAACUCAAGAGGAUAUACGUUUUCAGACCCCCUGAAACAAACUGAGUUUUGCUUAAUAAAGAGAAGUUAAUUAAUCUCUUCUGCUGUAAACGUACAAGUGUCUCUGAAGGGGUGAGAUAGUGAACUUCUUAUUUUCCAUCUGGGAAAUUCUGCACCUAUCAAACUUCCAUGUCAGCAGAGGGGAUGAGAGGAAAUAAACGUAGGCCAGUGCUCUUGUGCAGGGAAACUGACUGCUGAGAAGUCUUGCCAAAGGUUUUAGCCUGCUAUGUGAGAAGAUGAUUCUGAAGAAUCUCCUUUUUUGCAUACUCUUAGCUACCAGGUACCUUGUAAGUAUAGGUUUUCUGUACAGUUUCUACAAUUCAUAACGUGUGCUUCCUUCAUCAGCAAGCUACCACUAUUCAAAAGAAUUUUCCUGUUUUCCAUGAGGAGUGUGUAUGUCUUGUUACUUAUUCUUAACAAAAGUGGGUGCCUGUGAAUCACUUACAGCUCUUGUCAAAAGCCUCCAAAGUAGAACAGAAGGACAUAAAACAUCAAAGGUGUGGACGAAGUGAAUGAAGUGAGGGGAGUUCUACUUCAGCCUAACAAAAGUCACACUAUGCUGCUGCUGCACAAGAGAAAAAUGUGUGAGUGGGGAUACUGUAGGGGAUGGGUCUUGUCAUGUCUUGGAGGAUUGAUUCUAAAAUAGGUAGAAAAAGCAGUCUGAGUAGUUUUUUUCUCCACAGACUCUGCACUUCAGGAAUUCAGUUGUUGGGCACAGGACACUCUUUGGUCAUUUUUUGAGGCAUUUGUCUCUGUGGAGAGGGUUUUAAAACCCAAAACCAUGACCCUGGGCCCCUCCAUUGAACUGAAACCCCCCCCCCCACCUUUUAUACCCACCAGAGAAAGCAAAGGGCAAAGAAAGAGAGGAGUCUUCAGAGAUAUCCUGACUUGGAACUGUGGGGGGAAGUUUGUUACUGUGCUUUUGCUACAUGUUGCUUAUUGGUUUGCUGGGUGUGUUUGCUGAUUUCUUUAACUUCAGCAGAUGAUGCUGAGAUGGGAGAGGGUGAGUUGUGUAUUUUUCUUGAAAAAAAAUACCCUCUUUCAAUAAGCAAUGAUUGUGUUUCAGUGGAGCAGUUACAGCAACACAGAAACCCUGUGAUCCAGGUUCUUAACAUACACUCGUGUAUUGUCAGCUAUAAAACUUAAAUCAGAAUCAGUAAAAGUAGAAGGCAGUACUUCCUUGGUGUCAUACUGAUAUGUAUGUGGGAUGUAUAACAAUUUUACAUAGUACUGAAACAAAAUUUCUUUCAUAAACUCUGAAUUAGUUUACUACUAGAAGUUUGUUGCUUACAAAAGGACAGCUAGAGUCUUUGUAAUGUUUUAAAUCUGAAUAAAUAUAGGUUAUAAAAUAAAAUGGUAUGUUACUUUCAGAAAGUAACACAUAGGAGAGAAAAGGGCGGUUUUCAAUAGUGUUCCAAACCUGAAAUUUCUGGGCGAUAAGCAAAGAGAAUUUUGAUUACCUGAUGUUUCCUUGCAUUAUGUCAACACUGUAAUUUCAAUGAAAUAACUUGUCUAGAAAGUAGGUCAACUGUUUAUUUAAAAAAUUACUAGGGAUGGAUAUGUGUACAACUUUAAGUUCCCUAAUCUCACAGCAAUUUAACAUUCCCAUCAAUAACCUUUCUUUUGCAUUCAAAAUUUGCUGUCAGAAGUGUAUCAUACUGUCUCUGAAGGUUUACAGCUAUUUAAAAGCCUUUGUGAACACAAAUCUUUGUCAUAUUACCCUGCUACUGAAGUAAUACUGAUUGUUGCAAUAGUCAUUAAAUAUCCUUUUCCUUCGAAUUUAUGCAAAAAUAGCUGGUGCCUCUUUUAAGAGACAGUGCUUAAUUUGUGUUCCUAGUCAUUUUGCUUAGUACGUUGCUGAACUGUCUGAUAGACGUUACCUGUUAAACAGAAUCAGUUAUUAGGAAUGCUCUGCAUGUGUAAAUAAUUGUUAUUCAAAACUACAAUUACAAUAUGUAGAGGAGCCUAGGGGUCCAUAAUUAUUCUUUUUGGUGUGGUUGGUUGAACCCAGCUCAAAAAAUGGUGCCUCUGGGAAACAGCAAGCACUUCCCUGUAACACUUCUUUGCUGCAGUCUCCAGCUCCUUAGAGACUGGGCCUGGGACACCUCCUCGAUAGAGUCAUCUGUCAGAUCAGUUGUAUCGUGUUUUCCUUCCUAGAACUGUAAAUGACUCCUGGUCAAUCCCAAUAUACAAAGAAUUAUUUUUAGUACUGUAGUAUAAUUAGGAGUUUUAUUUGGCCCACUGCUG